AUGACUGAGAAGUCCUACAGUAGUGACGUGUGUGACUUUUCUUUGCUGGUUAAAGCUGAAGACACAAAACCCAACAUAUGUGAAAUGACCACACACCCGAGUGAGACACCCUACAAAUGUGACCAGUAUGACUUUGCUGUGGGACAUAAAACAAGUCUAGAUAGGCAUAAGCUCACACAUGCUGGCGAGAAACGCUACAACUGUUCGCAGUGCGAAUUCAGGACGGCUUACAAAUGUAGCCUAAAAAUACACGUUGCAAACCACAACAAUGUGAAACCCUACAAUUGUGGGCUGUGCGAGUUCAAGACGACUUGCAAAUCUAGUCUAAAGACACACAUGGCAAACCAUACGGACCAGCACAUGGCAAAACACACCGGUGAGAAACCCUACUUGUGUGAGAAGUGCGGAUUUAGGACGACAAACAGAUUCUGCCUCUCCAGUCACAUGACCACACACACCGGUGAGAGACCCUACAAAUGUGACCAGUGCGAUUUUGCUGCUGGAUGUAAAGGCACUUUACAUCGGCAUAAGCUCAGGCACACUGGCGAGAAGCGCCACAAGUGUGAAAAGUGCGAGUACAGGACGACCACUAGAUCCAACCUUUCUGUACAUAUGAGACAGCAUACUGGCGAGAAACCCCACAAAUGUGACUUAUGCGACUAUUCUGCUGCACUGAAAAAGACCAUACACCGACACAUGACUAAGCACACUGGUGAGAAACCUUACACGUGCAAAGAGUGCGGGUUCAGGACAGCUGAUAGGUCUUCUAUAUCCCGACAUAUGACGAUACACACCGGUGUGAAACCCUACAUGUGUGAGAAAUGCGGAUACAUGGCUCCUUGUAGGUCUGAACUAUCAAGGCACAUGCAAAAACACACACCCCGUACUACAAACGAGAGGCCCUACAAGUGUGACCAGUGCGACUAUUCUGCUGCACUGAAGAAGACUUUAAACCGACAUAUUUUAAGACAUACUGGUGAAAAAAACGAUAAUUAUAAGUGUGAGGAGUGUGAGUUCAGGACGGAUAAUAGAUCUAAGAUGUCAGAACAUGUGAGGACACAUUCAGUGAAAAGCAGUUUAGAUCAGCACUUAAAGAAGCACACAGGCGAGAGGCCCUACGUGUGUGAGGAGUGCGGUUACGGGGCAAUUAAGAAGUCAUACCUAACCAUACACCUAAGAAAACAUACAGGGGAGAAACCUUACAAAUGUGACAUGUGUGACUAUUCAGCUGCGCACGCCAACAGUCUAAAACUGCACAAGAAGAAACACACAAGUUAA